UACGCGUAUUGCGAUUUUAGCAUCAGUGAGAGGCAAAAAUCCAUUGUUAUUGUACAUUUUGACAAUUAAAAUUUUGAGCGGAGUACUUUCGCGAGUCACGUGACAAGGGGCAGUCCUGCCAUCAAAACAAACAACGUUACUGCAUAUGAGUUUAUUAUUACUUCGCUGCGCUUGUUGUGUUUGUAGCUCAGGUCGUUUUACUUCUGUUACUGAUUAGAAAGUGCAUUAGUAACGUUAGUGGAUUUAAUCUCCCUCAUCUAGAGCUCUGCUUUCACUCGACUGGAACAUGUCCAUGUCACGAGUUACGUGUUAUUUUGGGCUGCUGGAAGGGCAGGAGGAGGACAUUAAACCUCAGGCAGCAGUGGUCCGGCGGAACCUGUUUGGCCCAGUGGACCACCAGCAGUUACAGCAGGACUUCCAGAGGCUAUUCUGCAUGAACAUGGAAAUCGCCAAACAGCGCUGGAACUUUGACUUUCAGAUGGACCAACCAGUCCCCGGUCGCAUUGAGUGGGAGGAGCUGCGGUGCCAGGAUGUGCCAGUGUUCUACCAUAGCUGUGUGUUCAGGCCCGGGAUGGCAAAGCAAACGGUGGAGGCUUGUUCGUCUCCAGCUAUGGCCACAGAGAAAUAUCUGGAGCUGCGGACCAGAGGAGCUCUGAGGGGAACCAAACCAGAGAAGAAAAUGGCUGCAUUGCUAGGGGUCAAACGCAGACAAGCGAGCAUCACAGACUUUUUCAGAGUGACAAAACGAAGAUUUCCCGAUCGCAAAUCUUCAUCAGGACAGUAAACGGACAUUGGACCUUGUUUUGUAUAAAUGUACAUACACUAUCAGCACGUAGCUAUUCUAACUGACCAGCAAAUGCUAAAUAGGAUGUAUAUACUGUACAUACGCACACACAGAUACAUAUUAUAUACACACGUUUGUAUAUUUUUUUACUAAACGCAGUACCUAUUAAAGGAACCUAUUUUGUUGUUACAACAUGGAGUCACGAGAUUUAAGUAAAUGUUAAAAAGUCAAAUAUUCUGGUUUUAUAGUGCGUAUGAAUCAUUCAAAGCAAUUAAUUCCAGUAAAUGAAAGAGAAUUCACUCUUACAAAAUCAACUAAUACAAUUUAAAUUCAUGACUUAAUGAAAUGUUUUAUUGUUCCAUGUUGUUCCAUUAAAGAAAACUGUUAGGGAUGCACUAUAUAAUAAUAAUAGUGUGUUUCUUAUGUGUUUGUUGUGCACACAAACAAUUACUGUGAACGUUUACAGAAAUGCACUAUAAAAAGACUGUUUGGUCAUAAACUUUAAACUUCUCAGAUUCACAAUUCAAAAUGUAUUGAUCCUCUUAAAGGGUUAGUUACCCCAAAAAUGAAAAUUAGCUUGUGUUUUACUCGCACUCGAAUCAUCCCAGUCGCAGUUAUAUUAAAAAGUUAUCCUGGCUAUUCCAAGCAGUAUUGUUGUAGUCAGCGCGUGUUGCAGUUGCAGUUGAAUAGUCCACAUGUCGUCAAAUAAAUCUCGCGCAUUCGUAACUAAACGUGCCGCAGAUGGCUUCGGGGGAUGAAUAAAGGCCCCCUGUAGCGCAUCUAUGUGUUUUUCUAAGAAAAUAUUUCAACAUAUUUCAAUUCAGUAAUAAACACUUUUCUCUCACUUCUGUAAUCUGUCGUUCACAGAUCUGUUCUGGCGGAUGACACAGGCCGUAAUAUGCUCUUUGCGCAUGCCUCUGAGAUAUGUUGGUCUCGUAAGUUUGUUUAUAUGAGAAAAAGAGGCAAAGUUUCCUUACUUCAUUAAAGUAAAACCAGUCUCCUCUUGGCUUAUAUCAAAAUCCUCCAACAUAUUUCUGUACAAAUCCUCAUUUCUAAAUCAUAACCGGCAUUUUGUUUUGUUUUCUCUCCGAUUUCGUCACUAAUCACGCAACGCUGCCCAUCGUACGUCAUCCGCCAGAACUGCUUCAAUGUAUUACGUUUAAAAUAUGGAUAUUUUUUCUUACAAAAACACAUGGAUUCGGUACAGGGGGGGGCUUUAUUCAUCCAAAAGAGCCAUCUGCGGCACGUUUAGUUAUGAGCUUUAUUUGACAAAAUGUGGACUGUUCAACGGUGACUGCAACACCCGCUGACUACAACGAUAUAGCCUGGAAUAGCCAGGAUAAUUUUUUAUAUAACUCCGACUGGAUUUGUCUGAAAGAAGAAAGUCAAAUACAGCUAGGGUGCUUCGAGGGUGAGUAAACACAAGUUUUGGGGUGAACUAACCCUUUAACUGGCGUCAGUGCACACAAUCUAUAAGCUAACAGUGUCAUGCCAUUAUUCUGUUCCGCUUUUUAUUUAUUUUCCUGUUUUAUAUAUAUUACAAUAAAGGGAGACGCUUUAGUCUGGGGACCAAUUCUCACAAAUAACUAGUUGCAUGCAUAUCACUAGCAUAUUGUAUUGCAUGCACAUUAGUACUUAUAAAGCACAAAUGAAUGCCUUAUUCUGUAUUACUAUAUUUUAGGUGAGUUAAUCCUACCGCAUAUCUAAACCUAACAACUACCUUAAUAACUAUUAAUUAGCAGCAAAAUUUGGUCCCCAAACUAAAAUGUGACCCAAAAAGAGGCCAUUAAUGUUUUUCAUGAAGCAUAUUAAAAUGGGGGUUUGAAUUUACUCUAUUAUACUAGAGUUAAUAGGAGGCAUAUGCUUUGAUAUCUUUGAAGUUUGUAACAAGAUUUUGAAUCAUCUUUGUAAAGGAUAUUGUAAGGAUUCGUCUUACACGUCUGGGGGAAAAUGUUAUAGGUUGACAAGCUACUUUUGUAUGUAUGUUAAGUUUGAAUCUUACUUUUAGUAUUAGCAUAUGAAUUGCAAGGACAUUUCAACCAAUCAUUUGUACAAUUUUUUUUUUAUACUGUAUUUUGCUUUGUGCAUGUGAGAUAUAAUGUAUGAUUAUGUGGUGAAUUAGCCAUACAUUUGGUUUUCUUGAUAUUAAAGAGACAGCUGACGCAAUUAACCAAAGUAAUUGCUCCACAAUAAAUAGGAUGCUUAAAAGAAACUGUAUGUACAUUUUUUUUUAAGUCAAUAAACCAAAACCACAUGCCGUUAAACUGCAGAAUUUGCUUCGAAUGUCAGUUUCAGCUUCUUUAGGAUAUACAGUAUAUGAGAGAGAUGUUUUUUCUUGCAUUCAUCGCAAAGACGCAUGCUAGAGAGUUGAUUCAGUGACUUCCUCUUAAAGUUGUAAUCUUUAGAAAAUGUAUUAAUAGAAAUAAAUUAGUGCUCUACCUCAUCAAAUGAGAAGGACCUUCAUUUUUUACACACAAAUGUAUAAAAAAACAAAUAUGCAAAAUGUAGCAUUUGUUUUGAUCAUGAAUGCACUUAUUAAGAUGAGAAGAACAGAAGAAUAGCAAGGAUGUAUCUUAUGCUUCACAAUAAGGUUUAUAUGAUGUUGUGUGUACUGUUCUGUUUUUAGAAUAUCUUUAAAAAAACAGUUGCUUACCAUUCUUUUUUGGGGGAAGUGUAUCAAGUAUAUGAGCAAUUUAAAAUUGUAUUAUGCUCUACAUGUCGUCAUAAUGAUGACAUUACCCCAGAGCUUCUGUUGCAGAUUUGUCAACCGUAUUCAAUUUUUUGGCAUGAUAUCUUGUGAGUUAGUAGCUAUGUGCAGUCCUAUAUCAUUGAAUGUUAAAACGUAAAUACUAGCUGACUUCAUAUUUUGAAUUAUGUACGUGUUUGCAGUAUGCAAAAAUCACCCAUAAAAUAUUUGUUCAAAGUCA